AUGAUGCGUGCAAUAGCCCUGCCACAUGACAAGACACAAACACUGACCAAUUCUCGGGAGGCUGCAAGCAAAUGCUUCAGCACCUCCUCCCGAGCCCGUCAUGGACCUGAUGCUGCAUCUGCAUCCCCCAUUUCAACCUCGUCCGUCUCCUCGAGCGAAGUCGACCACUUUUCCCGCCUAGCCUCAAGCUGGUGGGAUCCCCACGGCCCUUCACGACUCCUCCAUCUUAUGAACCCGCUCCGCUUCGACUUCCUCCAAUCUCUCUUCACGCAAGACCAUACGGCAAAUCAGCAGCGGACAUAUCUUGAUGUCGGAUGCGGCGGCGGCAUCUUUGCAUCCGCCUGCGCCCGCCACCCUGGCACCUCGUCGGUCCUUGCCAUCGACCCAACACCUGCUUGUGUAGCCGUUGCACAAGCCCACCAGCGCCGCGACCCUGCUAUCCAGCCACCGAAGCUCACCUACCUCAAUACCGCUCUUGAAAAUAUACCUGAAGACAAAAACGGCAACAGACAGACCUUCGACGUCAUUACCCUCUUCGAGGUCAUCGAGCACAUUUCUUCCCCUGCCGCUUUUCUUCAGAAUGCCGCAGAGCACCUCAAACCCGGCGGCUGGCUGGUGGGUAGUACGAUCGCGCGCUCGCCCGUAUCGUACAUCACCACUAAGCUGGUAGCCGAGGCGCCGCUUGUCGGCGUCGUGCCAGCCGGCACACACGACUGGAAUCAGUACAUCAAUCCAGAUGAGCUGCGAGGCUGGUUCGAAAAGCAGACCGAAAGCGCCGCCGUUGGCGGUCCUGGGGCGCAUCGAUGGGGAUCAUUCACUACAAGGGGAGUCAUUUAUGUGCCGGCGCUAGGCUGGAAGGUCGUGCAGGGCAGUGAAAGCUAUGGGAACUACUUCUUUGCGGCGCAGAAGUUGCCGCCGCUAUCGACUUGA